GCCUUUGGACUUGGUCAAUCGCAUUCACACCUUCCAAACCAAACUCACCAGCCUCGGUUCAUAUGUUGUGCACCAACACUCUCUGUCUCUGUCUUCCUCAUAAAGGAAUUACUCUGUCUCACUUUUUGGAGUUUCAUCCGUCAAUUGAAGCAAAAGGGUUCUUGUAGCAGAUCCAAGACAGUAUCACUUCUAUGCUAAGAAUGGCAUCAAUCAAUGAACUUGGUCAACAUCAAAUGAUAAAGACACAUUUGCUCAAAGUGCACAUUAACUGUCUAGGAUGCCGGCAGAAAGUGAAGAAACUCCUCCGGAAGAUUGACGGUGUUUACUCAGUACACAUUGAUCCAGAACAAGAGUUGGUAACUGUUUCCGGCACGGUGGACUCCGAUGUUUUGAUUAAGAAGUUGGCAGGUUCUGGUAAAUACGCUGAGAUUUUUCUUCCAGACUUCAAAGCAAAUCCGAAACAAGAAGAAAAUGGCUCAAAGACAUACUCAGACAAUGAUAUACAGAUCCUACGUCCUGCGGAUUCAAUGCCCUCCACUUUCUUCGAAGGAGAUAGGACCCUCGGAAACUAUCUUAACACAAACAUCGGAGAGAGGACCUUGAUGGGCAGGAGGGUUGAUGCUGUCCACUGGAAGGGAGACAUGAAUCCCGGCAUCUAUCCCCAAAGAAAUGGCCUCGGUUAUGCUGGCUUCGGAGGCCCUCAAAUUGACCAUCAGAAUCUUCCCACCGUUCCCCAUCUUCCACCGAUGUCGAUUUGGGCUCGCCCAUACCAAUUUUCAGCUCCUGAGAUAAUGCACGUCUAUGACCCCAACAACCUAAUGAUGAAGGAGGGCCCGAGUGACUAUAGUUCGUAUCUCUCUUGGCUUUAUGGGAUGCAACCCUCAUUUCACUUUACUCCAUGAUUGCGAUGACCGCAUGAAUAGCGCAAUGGCUCUCUAGUUUCUAGAUUCUAAAUAACAGAAGAUCAAUGAUUAUCGUACCAGUAUUGGCCUUGAAUUUUUGCACCAUAUUUAUUUCUAGCAAUCUGCUUAAGUUGUGUUGUAAGCAACAAUUUUCCAAAGGCGAAUAGGGAACUGAGAUGACUAAUUAAAGCCCGUAUAAGUGGUGUCUGAAAGUUCACUCAUUUAUAAGGACUAGAACAGCAGGUUCAGCAAAUUAAAACCCAUUUCAGUGGUCAUUUAUCUA